AUGGUUGAGAUCAAUCUGACACGAUGUGAAGUAGCGUUCAACCUGACGUAUCAGCCAGUUUAUAGAUUAGCCCAAUUUUAUACCUUCUCUGUUUCUUCUAUAGCCGCUCCAGCUCUCAUUUAUCUAUUCGUUAAAAUACUGUUCCGUCUUCACUUUCAUGGAAAUUUGAAAUCAUUACUCAUCGCAUAUUUUAUCAGCGUUUUUUUGUAUGCAUCGAUAUUAUGUUUUGCUUUCGGAUAUCAUUUCUUUUCUCCAUUUUUUAUCAGCAAUCCUUGUGAUUUGAUAAUUUCGAAAUCUCUAUUCAAAUAUGGCCAUGUUACAUUAUUAUUCCUGCUUACAACACCGAUGAUGUAUGCACUUGCUUUUUCUAUCGAACGGUUUAUUGCAAUUGGAAUGGCUAGUCGUUAUGAAUAUACACCUACACGACUUGGACCUAUUCUUGCGGUUUUAUUGCCUUUUCCCAACUUGUUCAUGCUUUAUUCAAUCUUCAAAGAAGAGAAAUUUGAUGAUAUUUUUAUUUCAUUCCUCAUGCUACCCAAUACAUCUGCACCACAGUUUAAUGACUAUUUAUGGUAUCUUCUAUAUUUGAAAAUGGGAAAUCUUGUACUCAAUGUAGUCCUUCUAUUGGUCCACAGACGUUUCAAGGCGAAGUAUCAAAUCCAGAAGAGUUCUCUAUCGAUGAGGUACGCAAUGGAAGAAAUUUCAAAGUCUUCAAAAUUCACAUUAAUUAUCACUUUCACCCAUCUUUUAUUUUUUGGCACUUACACUGUAUGCAGUAUUCUUGUUCGAGUUUUGGGCGUACCAUUUUUUGGAUCUUUUCUGAAUCAUUAUGUUGCAAGAGGCGUUAAUUGUGCUAUUCCAACUUAUAAUUUGGUAGUUGUAUUUGUUGCAUUCACAUCGUUGAGACAUCUGAAUUCAAAACGAUCUCUGGAAGUUCAAACAACCGUGCAAAUAAGUGCGACUGGAUAUGAAGGAGCAAAAAACUAUGAAGAUGCAACUAUUAAUAGAUGGGCGACGAUAGCUAGAAAAUAA